AGAUCAAAUAAGUGAAAUCACACUUCCUGGAAACACGACGCCGAAAACUGAAAUACCAUCCAAUACCUGAAAAAGAAAAGAUACAGUAAUAUUUUGGAAAUACCACAGAAAGAAGAUGCCACCAAAUGCUCAAGUUCUUGUAGCCCAUGGUCCAUAUGAAGCAUGUGGAAAUGUUGAUUAUAGAACUUCAAGACUGGAAGGCUUACAAGCAAUGUUACAUAAAGAAGGACACACAGUAGAACUAGAGGAGAUAGAGGACUGGAACAAAGUUGAAAUCUGGGUCAAUGGCGAAAAAGUCUUUGAUUGUAAAAUUCAAGAUUUAGAAUAUGGAAGUGAUGGAGAGCUGGAUCCUCUUUGCCAGAAAGCUGUUGAAAAUGUAAACAAUGCAUUCUGAUCAGGAAAAAAAUGCAGGAACUCAUCAAGGGGCAAUAAUUUAUUUUGACAAUUAUAUUUAUAUGUUGUAAAUAGUUUUACUGUAUAAUGUACUGUAAAUAAUGACAGAAGUAAAGUAUGUUUUU